UUGUAUUUUUAAUAUAUUUUAAUAAAAUUGGUCGAAGUUUCAGAAUUUCGCACAUCACUUCGAUUUAAAUUUGUGGGAUUCCCAACCUAAUUUUCAAGAGAAAGCUGAGGACUGUGUUCUGAAAUAAUACACAGCGCGGAUUUAGUACACAAUCAUUAACAUCGGCGUUCUACUAUUUAAAAGUUGAAAAAAGAAGGGGAGGAGUGAAUAAUGCAGAACAAAACUAUGGACAUAGAGAAGACUCCUGGUAGUAUAUUUGAAGAACAUCAGAAAACAAAGUACGGUACACUUAAUUUGGGUCCAGAGAUCAAAUACUAUAAGCGCCCAAAACUUUAUCGUACAAAGACUUUGAUGACUGCUAUGGUUACAAUAAUCAGUCUUAUAAUGUGUUGUUUCUUUGCUUCAGUAGCUUACUUGAGCAUUGGUAAAAAGAACAAGGUUGUGCAAUUUAGUGCUCUGUGUGCUGUGCCAAGCUACGAAGAAUAUAAUACAACAAUUCCGUACCUUGUUAUAACAGCAGACAACUUGAAUUCUGAAAUGAGAACAGUUAUAGCGCCACAAAUCUUUAAAGAUUUGGUCGACAAUGUUCCUUAUGGGUAUUUCUUUCGUCAACAAAUUGAUUUUAGUAUUAUGGAUGGCACUCGAAUUCACACUGUCGCUAUUAAUAUUACUGAUAUCAUGAAUAACUUAGUAACUCAAUUUAUUCACAAUUUUAAAAAGAAUCACACCGCAAUUGUGGACUUUAAAAACAAACGUUGUUUUAUCAUGAAACUUAACCGCAAUGUUACCAUAAAUGCCUACAAGUUAUUCUUGUCAAUGCAGAGGAUGGAAAAUAUUUAUCCUUUACCGCACGGUGUUCAAAUGGUACUUCCGAAACGUAUAGUUCUACCAGCUGUUGCUGAUCUAUCCUUCGCUGAUAAGGAAAUGGUAAAGGAUUGCCAUGAUAAGUAUGUCUAUAUACUAACUGACUAUCGUCCUUUUGAUGAUUUCCCGGUUGAAGUGUUGAUUACCAAAUACAGUCGCUUUUAUGAAUUUUUUGGAAGAGGUAUUACCGAAUAUAGCCUCGUCAAUCUUAACGAAAUUUUAUUGCAUGAAAAGCAAUUGUAA